AUAAGAUGGCUGUGUUGCAGACUGAUUGGUCUCGGUCUCGGUCUUGGUGGAGUACAAUUAGGGAAUCCCUCAAAAGUUUGGAGAAGAAGCAGAGCAGAAAGGAAUAUGAAACCAAGCUCCCAAGGAAGCAUAACUUGAGCUUUGCUGUGGGUAAAAGUAUUUCUUUCAGGACAAACAAUCCUUCCAUCUGUACAUGUCAAAGAGUUUUUCUCUUUAAAAAGGCUCCCCGAAAAUCUCUUCCUUUCUAGUUGUCUAUCAUAUUUCAUAGCUAAGCAAUGGCCUUCGCCUAUUCAGCCAAUUUCUUUCUUAUUCUAAUCCUUUUACCUUCCCUUGAAGCCCUCUCCCAUGGAACCUCCUUCAAUGCCCAAAACCAAACCCUUGAACCUCUCCCCCAUGCCUCCUCCUUCAAUGCCCAAAACCAAACCCUUGAACCUCUCCCCCAUGCCUCCUCCUCCAAAGACCAAAACCAGACCCUUCAAGCCCUGAUCAUACAAGCUUGCGCCAAAGUGGAGAAUUACAGUUCAUGUGUCUCCAGCAUCCACAAUGAGCUUGAAAGUAUGGGGCCUCGCAGCCCCAGUUCCAUCCUGACUGCCGCCCUCAAGACCACCCUCAAUGAAGCCCGAAUCGCCGUUCAAAUGGUUACCAGGUUCAAUGCUUUGUCAAGUAGUUAUCGUGAACAAAUAGCCAUUGAAGACUGCAAGGAACUGCUUGAUUUUUCAGUCUCAGAGCUGGCCUGGUCCUUGCUGGAGAUGAAGAGUAUUCGAGCUGGUUCGACGAAUGUUCAAUCUGAAGGAAACCUGAAGGCAUGGUUGAGUGCUGCGCUGAGUAACCAAGACACAUGCCUGGAAGGCUUUGAGGGCACGGACCGACGAAUCGAGAGCUUCAUCAGAGGAAGCCUGAAGCAAGUCACACAGCUCAUCAGUAAUGUUCUAGCCAUGUAUGUUCAACUCCAUAGCUUGCCCUUUAAACCUCCCCGAAAUAGUACCGAAAAAAGCCCAAGUCAGGACUUCCCAAAAUGGAUGACGGACGGGGAUAAAGACCUUCUUCUUGCCCAUCCAAACCAAAUGGGGGUAGACACCACUGUAUCGCUGGAUGGCAGCGGUCAUUACCGAUCAAUCGCGCAGGCCAUUUAUGAAGCUCCAAGCUAUAGCAACAGGAGGUAUAUCAUAUACGUGAAGAAGGGAGUUUACAGGGAGAACAUAGAUAUGAAGAAGAAAAAGACCAAGAUCAUGAUUGUUGGGGAUGGAAUUGGAGCCACUGUGGUCACCGGAAACCGAAAUUUCAUGCAAGGAUGGACCACUUUCAGAACUGCCACUGUUGCUGUGUCUGGGAAGGGAUUCAUAGCUAGAGACAUAACCUUUAGGAACACGGCCGGACCAAAGAACUUUCAGGGUGUUGCGCUGCGCGUAGAUUCUGAUCAGUCCGCGUUCUACCGCUGCAGCAUGGAGGGUUACCAGGACACCCUUUACGCCCACUCCCUCCGCCAAUUCUACCGUGAAUGUGACAUCCAUGGCACCAUAGACUUCAUAUUUGGGAAUGGUGCAGCAGUCCUCCAGAACUGCAAGAUCUUCACCCGAAAACCAUUGCCCCUACAGAAGGUCACAAUCACCGCACAAGGCCGGAAAAGCCCGGACCAGAGCACUGGAUUCUCCAUCCAAGACAGCUAUGUCUAUGCCACUCAACCAACUUACCUGGGGAGGCCAUGGAAGCAGUAUUCAAGGACUGUUUUCUUGAAUACUUACAUGAGCAGCCUGGUCCAGCCCAGAGGAUGGCUAGAAUGGAAUGGGAACUUUGCUUUAGGCACAUUGUACUAUGGUGAGUAUAGGAAUUAUGGCCCCGGUGCACUGUUGUCUGGCCGCGUCCAAUGGCCAGGUUAUCAUAAAAUUCAGGAUGCUUCGGUGGCUAACUUCUUCACUGUUGGGCGGUUCAUUGAUGGGCUUUCAUGGCUGCCAUCCACUGGCGUCAGAUUCUCAGCAGGUUUGAAGAAUUAAGUCAUGUAUGAACCCUGUAAUUUUUCAACAUUUGUGAUCAUAUAUAUUUGUAUUGUUUCAGAGGUACACAUUUUGUGGAGGGUGAAGUGUCUAUUUUUCUAAGGAUUUCUGUGGAACAACUGAGUGCAAGAACUUCUAUUUGUAUUGGAAUUGCUUUGUAGCGUGUUAGUACAUAUCCUUCUAAUAAUUAAUAUUACAAGAAUACAAACA